ACAGAAACCAAUUCAGACAGCUCAGUCACAUUCUCAUCAUGAUCGCAAAGGUCGUAUUCUUGUGCGCUGCUUUCGCAGUAUCUCAUGCCAACGUCCACCUCAAAGCACCCCUUGUGAGCACUGGUGUCAGCCAAACAUCUAGACAGCAAGAUGCUCAUGGCAACUAUGCUUUUGGUUAUGAUAUUGUUGAUAAGCAUGGCGCCUCCAACUCCAGAGCCGAAGUCGGUGAUGGCUAUGGCAACAAAAAAGGAACCUAUACCAUCCACGACAUUGACGGCAGAGCAAGAAGAGUAGAUUACGUGGCCGACAAACUUGGAUUCCGUGCUGCUGUCAAAACCAACGAACCAGGAACUGCUCAUAGCACCCCUGCUGCAGCUGCCAUAAACAGCCCCUACGCUGGACCAUCCGUCGAUCACAUUGCGCCUGUUGCCACUGCUGUCGUUGGACAUGCCGCUGUUGCAGCUCCCGUAAUUGCUGCCGCUCCUGUAGUUGCUGCCGCUCCUGUAGCCUAUGGUGGAUAUGGUCUUGGACACGGUGCAGCAACUGGUUUAGGAUAUGGCGCCGGCACAUAUGGAGCCGGAGCAUAUGGUGGAUAUAAUGCCGGUGCAUAUGGAGGAUAUGGUGCCGGCACAUACGGAGCCGGAGCAUAUGGCGGACAUGAUGCCGGUGCAUAUGGAGGAUAUGGUGCCGGCACAUACGGAGCCGGAGCAUAUGGCGGAUAUGAUACUGGUGCAUAUGGAGGAUAUGGUGCCGCUACUGGAAAGGGUCUGGUCUACUAAUAAUUAUAACUUUUUCUUUAGGUAUCUGAAAUUACCUGUGUGUAAAAUAUUGUUACUUAUUUAUUUCGCAUGUGAAGAAUUCUUGAAGGUGUUCUUGAUAAUAAAUCCUAUAGAUUGAAAAUGG